UGACUGCUGCGCGGCUUGAGGCUGGCCUCUCCUCUCUCGUUCCCUUGGUUCACAGAGAUGGAUGCAUUCCUGCUGAAGAAGGACCCAUCGGCGGCAGCGCGGUUGGGCUCUGGCGGCAAGCAACAAACAAAGUGCCAAUUCUUGUACAAUCCAAAUCCUCGCCAAUUCGUCUUCCCCGCUCCCAACCUGUCCAACGACGGCCGCAGUGACAAGAAAGGGCCACCCCUUGGCGGCGGGGGAGCAUCAGGGUACUGGCAGUUCCGUACUUCCAAACUUUUGGAGCAAGCACCUGCGGGCGUGUCGGAGAUUUUCGCGGGCCUGAGCUUCUAUUUUAAUGGACGCAGUGGGGACAAACAAACGAUGCACCUAAAGGGUGCGGUGAGCAAACACGGCGGCCGCACCACGCCGUUCAUGUCGAUGAAGGGAGUCACGCACGUUAUCGCGGAGAAUCUGAGCGCGGUCAAGACGGACAAGGCCAUGAAGUCGCUCAAGAUGAAGGUGGUACACCCAGACUGGGUGAAUCGUUGCAUCGCCGAGGGAAAGCUGCUCCCCGACGCUCCCUUCCGCGUGGUGCGCAGCCAGAAGCUAGGCAUGGACAAAUUCUUCGGUUCGUCCUCGUCCGCUCCUGUCUCUUCCCCCUCUCCCGGCUGCAAUGACGAUGAAGGCCGACGAAAUAAUCGUGCCCAGAAGGAGAACGGGAAGGAGGCCAAGCCAAGGCACCACCGAUCGGUCCCAAGAAAGUCUGGGGCAGUAGUGAGAGCUGGUGGCAUUGAGGGGAGACGCGGGAGAAGAAACAGGGAGAGUCGAGGGCGAGGCAGGCGGCAAGGUGCAAGAGAGGGGAGCGGAAGCGAAAGCGUCCACGAAGUCGGCAUUCCGACGGUCGACAGGAAGAGUAGCGGCGGCAGCAGCAGUAGCAGCAGCAACAGCAGCAAGAGCAACAGGAAGGACAAGCUGGUGUGA